AUGGGGUCUAGACUCUACUGUACCCGGCUGUCUCUUAUCCACGCGACCGUUCUCCCUUUCCCUCUCCUUUCCCCUACACAUUUUCUUUUAUUCUUUCACCUAGUAAUUGUCAGUCACAUUCACCCCUUUUCAUUUUUUUAUCUUCCUUACAAACGUUUUAUGGCGGCAUAAAACUCCUCUCUUAUUUUUUGCUCCCAGCUGCGCUUUAUCUUUAUUCUCUCCCCAUUUUUUCUAGCUUUGGCCAAUCCUCAGCUUUUUUAUUUUUAUUUUCUCGGGUCUAAAAUCAUAAUUCUAAUGCUACACCGUUAUUUUAUAUAUUUUUAAACAAGCCUCUUUUUAUUUUUUUACUAAACAAGCCUCUUUUUCAUUAAAAGCUUUUUCAUUCAGAGCUAACCACUGUUUUUGUGUGGUUGGCGUUUUUUGGGAUUAAACGCCAAAAUAAUUUUUUAACGUGUUUUUCUAUCUGUUUUUAUAUUAAUUUUUAUUGCCUGGGGGUAUCAGAAUUUUAAAAAAAUUUUCAGAAAAAAUUUCAGAAAAAUUUUUCAGAAAUUUUUGUCUUUGGCGUUUAUAAAAAAAAUUUUUGGCGCACACCCACAAAAGAUAAAUGUUUUUAUAAAAUGUUAUUUUGCCGCUGUCAUACCAACGAGAGUGAGUGAGUAAAUGGAAUGUUUUUAAGCUUUUGAUUUUUU